GCAAAAGCUCCCAAAAUGUCACCGGAAGUUAAGCAGCAGUCGCCGGCCGGACUGAACUACGACGAGACCAAGCUGACCUUAGGGUUGCCUGGUUCGGGCUCGAAACGUGGAUUUUCAGAGACGGUUGAUCUUAGUCUGGGGAGCUCAAGCUCAUCAUCGUCAGGAGCAAGGGUGGAAUGUUGUGAUCAAGGUUGUGUUGAUGAUGGUGGGGUCACUACUCAUAAGGCUCCAGCUGCAAAGGCACAAGUGGUUGGUUGGCCACCGGUGAGAGUUUCAAGGAAGAAGUUGAUGAAGAGCUGCAAGUAUGUGAAAGUGGCAGUUGAUGGAGCUCCAUAUCUGCGCAAGGUUGAUCUUGAGAUGUACAAUAGCUAUCAGCAGCUUUUGGGUGCUCUUGAGGACAUGUUUUCCUUCUUAACCAUCCGUAAUUGCUUAAAUGAGAGCAAGCUUAUGGACCCUGCAAAUGGAGUGGAAUAUGUACCAACUUAUGAAGACAGAGAUGGGGACUGGAUGCUGGUGGGAGAUGUACCAUGGAAAAUGUUUGUGGAAACAUGCAAGCGACUCCGGUUGAUGAAAAGCUCGGAGGCGAUCGGAUUAGCUCCGAGCACGCCUCCGCGAUGCAGAAGCACAAAUUGAAGGAGGCUCUCUCCUGUUGUUUGGGGAGUUUUGAUUAGAUUAGAUAUAAAAAAAAAUGACAAAAAUAAAGUUUGCAUUUUGCCAAUUUUGGCAUUUAAUGCACCUGAUGAUGGAGGGCUUUCUCCCCAAUUUUGGGUUUAUCACACUUUUUUCUUCUUUUUUACUUGGAUUGUAUACUUAAUUAGAUACACACUAAUAUCUAUUUAGAUUUUUAUUUUUGUUUCUGCAUAUUUUAAGCUUCGAUAUCGGUUUCAGAGACCA